GUCUCCCCUUGCGGUGACGUUCGUCUCUCAGCGUGUGACGUCACGAGGGCUUCGCGGCGCGCGGGCCUGGCUCCAUGGCAGAGCAGGAGAGGCUGCGGCGGCUCCUGCGGCUGGUCCAGGAGGGAAACCUGGCUCUCCUCCGGGAUGAGCUGAGGCCAGGUGAGGUUCCAGAGGCUCCCAGCUGGCGCUGGGGACGUUUGGGAGAUUCCCUGCUGCACCACGCAGCUCGCUCGGGGCACCAGGAUGUGCUGGAAUUCCUGGUCCAGGAGAUCGGGAUGGACAUGGAGGUGGCCAAUGCGGACUACAAGAGACCCCUCCAUGAGGCUGCUUCCAUGGGACACCGGGAAUGUGUGUCCUUCCUCCUGGAGAGAGGGGCGAGUGUGGACUGCUUGAAAAAGGCUGACUGGACUCCCCUGAUGAUGGCUUGCACCAGGAAAAACUUGGAAGUGAUCAAAACCCUGGUGGAGCACGGAGCCAACCCGUUGUUGAGGAACAAGGAUGGCUGGAAUUGCUUCCACAUUGCCAGCAGGGAAGGGCAUCCUGAGGUGCUCCACUACCUCCUGGAUGUGUCCCCAAGCUGCUGGGACACGGAGAGCACCACGGGGAGAACUCCUCUGCACACAGCAGCGAUGCACGGCUGUUCCCAGGCUGUGGAGCUGCUCCUGGAACGGUGCCAGUACAAACCUGACAGCAGGGACAGCUGUGGGGUCACUCCCUUCAUGGAUGCUCUCCAGAACGGGCACGUUGGCAUCGCCCGGCUGCUCCUGGAGAAACACCAGGCCUGUCCCACAGCUGUGGAUGCCCUGGGUGCUCAGGCCCUGCACAGGGCAGCUGUGACAGCCCAGGAUGGCUCCAUCCAGUUCCUGGUGUCCGAGCUGGGCGUGGAUGUCAACGGCAGAGCGACGUCCCUGCAGCUGCCAGCCCUGCACUACGCAGCCAAGGAAGGACAUGGACACACCAUCCAGACCCUGCUGUCCCUCGGUGCUGAUCUCCAGGCCAAGGAUGGGAAGGGCCGUUCUGGGAACACCAGGCAGCACCUGAAGAAGAGGAACCUGCUCCUUUUCCACAUGCUUCCUGAAACAGAACCAUCCCAGGGAAGUGCCACUUCCAGGGGUCCUCAUGGCUUUUCCUGGGAAUUUCCCCACCCUGAACAUCCUCAUGGAGAAGAUCCACCUGGAUCAUGGAUUUUCUAGCUCUUCAUGGACCUGCUCUCCACUAAUCCUUUAAUUUGCAAUUGAAUUUUUUAUGUGACCUCUUUGGGUAGGACAGAGACUCUUGAAGCUGCAUCAGCCUUUUGAAUCCUUUUUGUAGCCCACAGCUGAUCCCAAAACCUGCAGGAAUCUGUCGUGGGACCUCAGCCUUGUGAGGACAUCAGGGAUCUCUGGAUCAGACUAAAAUAAGGAGGUGUUUUACCCCAGACUGGAAUGCUGGGCAAUUCCCAGCACUGAUGAACUUGAAAUCCCAAUAAUCUGCUCUUGGAAGCCUGGAAUGCCCAGCAAGGUAAGAGCAGCUGCAGCUGUUGGGUUUGUGCAGCUGGAAUUAUAAAUUCCAUCCCAAA